AUGGCCAAGGACAAGUUUCGGAGAAUGAAUGAAGGUCAAGUCUACUCCUUCAGCCAGCAGCCGCAGGACCAGGUGGUGGUGUCGGGACAGCCGGUGACGCUGCUGUGUGCCAUCCCCGAGUACGAUGGCUUCGUUCUGUGGAUCAAGGACGGCCUGGCUCUGGGUGUGGGCCGAGACCUCUCAAGUUACCCGCAGUACCUGGUGGUGGGGAACCACCUGUCGGGGGAGCACCACCUGAAGAUCCUGCGGGCGGAGCUGCAGGACGAUGCCGUGUACGAGUGCCAGGCCAUCCAGGCUGCCAUCCGGUCGCGCCCCGCACGUCUCACCGUGCUAGUGCCACCCGAUGACCCCGUCAUCCUGGGAGGGCCGGUGAUCAGCCUGCGGGCGGGUGACCCCCUCAACCUCACCUGCCACGCCGACAACGCCAAGCCGGCUGCCUCCAUCAUCUGGCUCCGAAAGGGCGAGGUCAUCAACGGGGCCACCUACUCCAAGACCCUGCUGCGCGAUGGCAAGCGUGAAAGCAUUGUCAGCACCCUCUUCAUCUCCCCUGGUGACGUGGAGAACGGGCAGAGCAUCGUGUGCCGCGCCACCAACAAAGCCAUCCCCGGAGGAAAGGAGACCUCGGUCACCAUCGACAUCCAGCACCCCCCGCUUGUCAACCUGUCAGUGGAACCGCAGCCAGUGCUGGAGGACAACGUGGUCACGUUCCACUGCUCUGCCAAGGCCAACCCGGCUGUCACCCAGUACAGGUGGGCCAAGCGAGGCCAGGUCAUCAAGGAGGCAUCCGGAGAGCUGUACCGAACUACCGUGGACUACACGUACUUCUCCGAGCCCGUCUCCUGCGAGGUGACCAAUGCCCUGGGCAGCACCAACCUCAGCCGCACCGUGGACGUAUAUUUUGGGCCCCGGAUCACCUCCGAGCCCCAGUCGCUGCUCGUGGACCUGGGCUCCGACGCCGUCUUCAGCUGUGCCUGGACCGGCAACCCAUCCCUGACCAUCGUGUGGAUGAAGCGUGGCUCCGGCGUGGUCCUGAGCAACGAAAAGACCCUGACCCUCAAAUCCGUCCGCCAGGAGGAUGCUGGGAAGUACGUGUGCCGGGCAGUGGUACCCCGGGUGGGAGCUGGGGAGCGUGAGGUGACGCUGACUGUCAAUGGACCCCCCAUCAUCUCCAGCACCCAGACCCAGCACGCUCUGCAUGGCGAGAAAGGCCAGAUCAAGUGCUUCAUCCGGAGCACGCCGCCGCCCGACCGCAUCGCCUGGUCCUGGAAAGAGAACGUUCUGGAGUCGGGGACAUCAGGGCGCUACACGGUGGAAACGGUUAGCACGGAGGAGGGGGUCAUCUCCACGCUGACCAUCAGCAAUAUCGUGCGGGCCGACUUCCAGACCAUCUACAACUGCACCGCCUGGAACAGCUUCGGCUCCGACACGGAGAUCAUUCGGCUCAAGGAGCAAGGUUCGGAAAUGAAGUCGGGAGCCGGGCUGGAAGCAGAGUCCGUGCCGAUGGCCGUCAUCAUCGGGGUAGCCGUGGGAGCCGGCGUGGCCUUCCUCGUCCUGAUGGCAACCAUUGUGGCCUUCUGCUGUGCCCGUUCCCAGAGAAGUACGGGAGGGAGACCCGGGAUCUCAGGGAGGGGGGACAAAGAAAAAGGCCAGGCUUAG